GGUCUCGCAAACGCAUAUGAUUCUUGCAUAACAUAGAGCCAUGGCGAGGCAGAGUGCACGAUUGUAACAUACAAAGCCUAAUGAGGAUCUGUAUCUUAACGACUUUCCUAAUCCAGGUGCACACUUUUGCUGCCCUGACACGUGACCGUACCCAGACCACAAAUCGGAUUGAAGUGCUAACCAGUCCCCCUUGACCAGAGCUAGCAUACAGUACCAUGAACGGCACUCACGCCGACCCAGAGGCUCUCCAAGAUGGACAGGGCCACGCCACGAUGCCUCUUCUCCGAGUAGAAAUGCACGAACAUUCCGGACGGUCGUACCAUGUCACCCGCGCCAUCCCGGCGGGCACGACCGUCCUGGAAGCGGAGACACCAUACGCGUACACAAUUUGGAAGCCGUUCCGAAACGAAGUCUGCGCGGAAUGCUGGCGAUACGACGGCGGACGGCGGAGCUUUCUGACGCGCCGGGACGACGAAGGCACCUCCGGGGACCUGGACGAGGAACCACGCGAAGGAGCCCGCGCGGGCAAUCGAAAGACACAUCGAGGGUAUUGGUUGCGAAGAGAAGGCAGGGAGACGGUAAGGCUGCUUUGCGUGCUGGAGGGAGCCCGCCGGCAGAAGGAGGUGGAAAAGGAUAAGGACGGAGGUUUCAGGCUAGAAGACCUAGGGACAGAUCUAACACGGGAAAACGUUGAUCGAGCUUGGGACAUGGUCGCACAGAAGGAGAGGUUGCCGAAAGAAGUGAGGAGAUGGAGGAAUCUCCAACUCGACCAUUUCGAGACAGACAUGGCGAGAUAUGUUCUCAUCGCGCUCGUCCGUCGCUAUCGCGAAGUCUAUGACCAGGAGGGCAGGCAGUCACAACAGCAGUUACAUACAGACAAGGAUGCAGCUAACAACACCUACGUAAGAAGGAUCGCCAGUGCCGCAGUCCACUUCGGAGGGGCGAGUUGGGACGACUUCACGGCUCUGCAGGUCAACGAGCUUCAGCAUCUCAAUACAUAUCCCGAAGUCCUAGAAAACCAGAUUAGGGUGUAUCAAGCGUUGAAGGGUCGCUUUCCCACUAGUCACGUAAGGGCCUCGACAUCAGAAGGACGCACUGUCGUCACAGACACAGGAGGGAACGGGGAGAGCCACAACUGCCAAGCGUCGCAAAUCGGGCAGGGGGACAGUGGCGGCUUCCGAGACUUUGGAAGCCUGAUCACUGUCGACAAUGUCCGGAGGGCCUUCAGCGUCGAUCCAGGCAAUUCGUUCGGGAUCUGGGAAACACCCUUGAUGGAUGAGAGUGAACUCAUGGGAUUUGCGGUGUAUCCGAAACCGUCAUUCUUUAACCAUAAUUGUCUCCCUAACGUCGCCAAAGUCCGCAGGGGCCGUGCAUUGGAAUUUGUCACGACCCGAGCCAUCGAGGCCGGGGAGGAGCUGUGUAUCAGCUACGGGCACGUGGAGGGGAUGGCAUUGGAAGAACGGCAAAGGGAGUUGAGGGAAGGCUGGUUCUUCGAGUGCCGCUGUGGUCGGUGUGUAGCGGAGGCCGAGACGCACAAUCGAAGGCAAACGAGUU